UCUCUAGCGCUGGAGCCAGCAUCCCCUCCAUCAGCGGCAUUGGAGCUGGAGCAAGGGCCAACAUCGGCUCCAGCAGGAGUGGGAGCUGCUGAGCUGGAGUCACCUGGACCAUCAUUUCUAGUGGGAAGUCCAUCUCCAUUUGUGGCUGUUAAGGAGCGUGAGAAGAAGCCUAACCUCACGGCCUUCCCUCCUAAGCUGGUGGUGGAGCAGUUGACCGUGAUGGAUGCGGAGCUCUUCCAGAAGGUGGUGCCCUCUCAGUGCCUGGGCUCCACCUGGGGCAAGAGGAACAAGCCCGGCCAUGAGCACCUGGCACCCACCGUCCGGGCCACUCUCGACCACUUCAGAAGGGUAGCCAGCCUCGUCAUCACCACCUACCUUGGGGACCCGAGCAUGAUGGCCCAGGACAGGGAGUGGGAGAGCCUGAAGAACUCCUCUCUCUGCACUGUCAUCUCUGUUCUGCAGAAAACAUCCAUAUGCCACCUGAAGAACACAUGGGGGAAGUUUCCUGGCAGAGCUCUGAAAAACUUAAGGAGCGCUAUAGCCAAGACGAGUCUUUGAGCAGAGAACUGAUGACCAAGGUUAACAAGCAGAGGGAUCUGUUCUGCCCAUGGGCAGGUGGGGUGCCAUUUUUGGGUAGGAGGCCUUGGUCAUGGGACACAGUGGUGUUGGCUGGGCUGUUCCAGGAGGAGUUGCUGAGCUGGCGCCAUCAGCAGGUCUCUGGCUUCCAUGCACAUCCAUCCUGCUGGAUGUAGCUUUUUCCAGGCUGUUGGGUGGUUGGCGUGGGUUUAGCCCUCAGCCUAAACCUGUCCUCAGGAAGCCAGGACCCUGCCGCUCCUUCUAUCUUCACCAUGUCUCCAAGGGGAGGGCACCUUGCCUGCCCCAGGGACGGGCACAGCAGGGGAUUCCCCUGGCCCAGGUGGACAAAGAGGCUGCUCAUCCUUGGAUCUGAACGGCUGGACCAGAGACAGAUGUGUGUGCAUUGUGGGACUCCCCACUGGACCCCUAGAGCAGUCACUCGAGUCAACCACAGGAGUCUCACCUGAGUGCCUGGUUGGCAAUGACUUAGGUCCCAGGUGGCUUAUGAGUAGCGUCUAGGCAACUGAUGGAUUCUUAGUGGAUCCUGCUGAAAGGACGUUAGGAGCUUCAUGUAAACGGGGAAGCAAAGCGUCCUGUCAC